UGAGCGCGUGCCGACCGCGAGAACCUCCCGUAGAGGCGCGAGACUCCAACCCAGAUUACAUCAGCAUGAAUAACAGAUUACAGCUGGCGUUAUCAGAGCAUCAGCGAGAUAUGAAGUAAACCGUCAGUACAAUUCAUAAAGCCUGUCAUCGCUUACAAAGACUGCCGAAUUGCGUCACUCUCACUUCCUGCCAAACGUCACAGAUGUCAGAAAGAGAGUGGUGGUAGUUCAAUACUCAAAUAGUUGAAAAUGAUGGACACACAGCGUGCUUUGCUGGCCGUGGAGCGUCUGCAGCAGAGGCUGAAGAAGAGGGGAGAACUGCCUGCUGAGGAAAAACUCAGUCUCCUCAAGAGUGUCUUACAGAGUCCUCUGUUCCAUCAGAUACUCAUCAUGCAAGAGAGUGGACAACAGCAUCAGCAACUACAGGCUUCCCCCAGAACGCCGCCUCCUCAGUCUAUGAGUGAUGAUACAGAUGGUGUGAGAGCGUCCCACCCCUCAUCCACUCUGAGAUACAGAGAUUCUUACCUCUCUGCCCAGCGGCACUAUGACCGACGUCGAUCCUCCAAUCACAUGACUUUUGCCCCUUGCAUCACAGAGGACAUUUCAGUGCUGCAGUCCAUGGCCCAGGGUCGGACUGUGCUUAGUUUUGAUCUGGAGAAGGGUGAAAGUGCUUUAGGUAUCAGCAUUAUUGGCUUGGAGACUGAAGGCGGUGGAGGUCAUGGUAUCUUCAUACAGAAGAUUCAGCCAGACUCUGUAGCAUACAGAGAUGGACGUCUCCAUGAGGCUGAUCAGAUUCUAGCAGUGAACGGCAAGCUGUUUGAAUCCUCGGUAACACAGGAACAGGCUGCCCAAAUUCUUCAGGAAGCUGCUUCCAUGGUAACAUUAACUAUAGCCAGGGAACCGACCUCAUCAUUCAGCUCCCCACAGAUGAGCCACUCUCUUCCCAAAAAUCUUUUUGGCUUUGAUGGACAAUUCAGACAGCCUCGACAAAUUCAUCACAUUGAGUUGCAGAAUGACGGAUCGGGUCUGGGCUUUGGCAUUGUUGGAGGGAGGAGUACUGGCACCAUGGUUAAAACCAUCCUACCUAAUGGUAUCGCUGGAAGGGACGGGAGAUUGCAUAGUGGCGAUCUUCUUCUCAGAAUUGGUGAUGUGGACGUGUCCACCAUGGGCAGUGAGGAAGUGGCACGUGAGCUCCGUCUGGCUGGUUCCCAUGUGAGACUUAUCAUUGCCAGGGAAACCACUGAUAGUGACCUCUCACCUACUAUCGCCAAGCAACAGGACAAUCAGAAGAAACAGGUGAAUGGGCAGUUCUGCAGUAAACCAAAAACGGAGGAGAUUCUGAACACGACUGACCAACAAGUGGAGAUCUCUCUUCUGAGAACAGGCUCACCAUCUGAAACGCAAACAACCCCCACCCUGUCCACAAUCUCCCAGAGACCCUUAACCCCUCUGGGUCUCGAUCCCCCACCACUGCCUCCAUGUCAAGUUGAGCCAAAGCCAGUCCUGCCCCUGGGGAAAGUUUUCUAUACUGAACGCCGGGACCUCAACUUCAACAGAGAGUGCUUUUGUAAAUUGUCUGAUGAAGAGGAGAAAGCACUGAAGGAGAAGUGGCAAAGCAAACUGGGUCCUCAGUAUGAAGUGAUGGUGGUCCAGGUACAGAAAUUCAUUGAGAGUGGUGGUCUUGGUCUGAGUUUGGAAGCUAAGGAAGGUCAUCACUAUAUCUACUCUAUAUUGCCAGAGGGUCCGAUGGGACAGACAGGAGUCAUACGGCCUGGAGACGAACUGAUAGAGGUGAACGGGUUCUCUCUGAUUGGUGAGACACACAAGGAAGUUGUGUGCUUGCUAAAGGAACUUCCUGUGAAUGUUUGUGUGGUUUGCAGUCGUCUCAUCCCACCCACAGUCAGUGAGGAAGACGAUGAUGAUGGGGAUGACGUAAAACUCACCCUCAAGGAGCUGCUUGCAGAAUUUAAUGAAAAGGCCGAGCAGAACUCAUUUGGGAGAACUCAAAUAAAUGAAUGGAAGACAGAGGCUCCAGUGCUAUCCCAUAAGGCCAUGUGGGAGAAUGAGAUUCAAGUCUAUGAGCUGCAGAAAGGCGAUUCUGGCCUGGGAUUCAGUAUACUGGACUACCAGGACCCCAUGAACCCAGGGCAUACUGUGAUAGUGAUCCGCUCUCUUGUAGCAGGCGGUUUGGCAGAGAGAGAUGGCCGCUUGUUGCCAGGCGACCGGUUGAUGUUUGUGAACAGGACUGACUUGAGCCACGCAAGUCUAGCUCAGGCCGUUAAUGUCCUGAAAAGCACUGCUUUGGGCACUGUACGCAUUGGAGUUGCCAAACCCUUACUAGAAAAUGACACCCAGGACACAGGAGCAGAUGUAACAGGCAACUGCCACUCAGAACAUAACAACCAGCACAGCAAUUUGCAGACAAAUUCCCACUGUCAGAACAGCAAGAUGGAGGCUGGUGCUAAAACCAUCUCCAUCCCCACUAGUGGCUAUGAGAGAAGCAUAACUGUAGUCAGGGGAAAUUCCAGUCUGGGAAUGACAGUGAGUGCUUUAAGGGAUGGUUCAGGCAUCAUAAUCCGCUCUGUGGUUCAUGGCGGGUCGAUCAGUAAAGACGGGAGACUGGCAGUGGGUGAUGGAAUCAUAGCCAUCAAUGGAGAAUCUUCCACCAACCUGACCAAUGCACAAGCCAGAGCUAUGCUACGCAGACAUUCACUGAUUGGACCUGAUCUCAGUGUAAUGUACGUACCUGCUGCCUUCCUGGACAUGCACAGAGCCAGCUACGCCCAAUCAAAAGAGGAAAUGGAAAUACACAGAACAGCUACUGUCCAUUCCCGGCUCUCACAGAACCUUCCUUUUGAACCCCUAGAAUGCAUUUCGGAACAGCAAAGUACAGUUGAUGGAAAAGGAGUAAAUGGAAAGACUCAAGCUGAAGAAGAGAAUGAAAGAAUAGUUAACCACAGUCAAAUAAAACAAAGUGAGGACAGUGAACGACUGGGAAAAAAAGUGAAGGAUGAAAAAACGGCCUUGAAAAGUGAAAACGGACAAAGACGAAGGAGAGAAAAAGACAGGCAAAAAGAUGAAGAAGACACGCAUGGGAAGGAUUGUAGCUCAUGGAGUCAGCCUAGAAGAGUAACAUUAUUUAGGGCGGGGGGCAUGUGCCUUGGCUUCAGUGUGGUGGGGGGUCGUGGUAUGGGCAGUCGACUGAGCAAUGGAGAAAUGAGACGGGGCAUCUUCAUAAAACAUAUCGCGGAGGACAGUCCAGCUGCACACAACAGCACUCUAAAGAAAGGAGACAUAAUUCUUCAGGUUCAAGGUGUAGAUGUGAGUGAUUUCACUCAUGAAGAAGCUGUUGAGGCAAUUCGUCAGGCAGGAGACAGAGUAGAGCUACUAGUGCAGAGUCCUCAGGUUACAGCUCCUGGCAACUGUGCUGAAGAUGACAAUGUAUCAAAAUCAAAUUGUCCAAAUCAUCAGGAUCCCAAGAUCCUCAAUAAUCUCUUACCAACCUACCCCUUCAGCCCUAUUCCCUUUAAGCGUACAGAAGACUGGAAAUUGGGGAAGCCUCCACAUUCAGUUCCUCCCCUCCUGAAACUGCCCUCUAGGCCAGUGAACACAGAAACAGAUGGAGUGCAGAAAGUUCCAGAGAGACCACCCCUGCCAGAAGAGGCUUCACAUCAUCACAGCGAGCAGGAGCAAGCCUCUUACUGGAGCCGUAUGCAGCAGAGGUAUGGCAGUCUGCCUGGAGAGCUUCACAUGUUUGAUCUGGACUGUGGCUCAUACAGCUCUGGACUGGGACUGUGUUUGUCAGAAAACAGAGAUGGAGUGCGUGGAAGAAUGAGCGUGUACGUGUCAGAGAUCAAACCAGACGGGGCUGCUGCUGCAGAUGGUCGGGUCAGAGUGGGAGAUGAACUACUGGAGAUAAAUGGACAAGUGCUGUAUGGACGCAGUCACCAGAAUGCAACAGCAAUCAUCAACAAUGUUUCAGCUAAAGUUACGAUUCUGCUCACAAGGAAUAAAGAGGCACAGAAACAACUGACUACAGGACCAGUAAAGGAGAUGGACAACUGUCCUGUUAAAUCUCCUGGCAUGUAUAUGAAUAUGGUCAGAGAAGGUCAACAUUCAGUUUUAUCACAGGAUGGAAGGAUCAGCAGAGAGGAUAAACUGAAAUCUCGCUCCUCAGAGAGCCUCAAUAUUGGUCUUCCUGCUCAAGUCAAUGCCACAUCCAAUCACAAGCCUUCCUGUCAUCCUGCCAGUCACAUGCCCCUCAGCUGCUGCACUCCUCCAUCAUCUGGCAUUUCAUCAGUUGACUGCGGCUCAACAGCCAAUCAGAGCUCUCGCAGCACUUCUUUCUUGGCCCAGUGUUCUGUGAGCUCGGACCCCCUUACAUGUCCCAUCAUAGCUGGCUGUAUAAAUACUAUUGAUAUCUGCAAAGGCUCCACGGGGCUCGGCCUCAGCAUAGUAGGAGGCUGCAACACACUACUGGGAGUAAUAGUGAUUCAUGAAGUGAACAAGGAUGGUGCGGCACACAGAGAUGGCCGGUUGUGUGCAGGAGAUCAUAUACUAGAGGUGAACGGCAUUGACCUGAGAAUGGCCACUCAUGAGGAGGCCUUGAGUGUCCUGCGCUUGAGUCCACAGCGUGUGCAAUUGUGUAUCUACAGAGACCAUGUGACAGAGAACCACUCCACACACACCCUGCAGAACCACACACCCGAGGACAUGUGGGACCUCUUCAGUGUGGAACUGAACUGCAAACCAGGACAGGGACUAGGGCUUUGCAUUGUGGGUAAAAGGAAUGACACUGGAAUCUUUGUGUCUGAGAUAACAAGGGGAGGGGUGGCAGACUUGAAUGGAAGACUGUUGCUAGGUGACCAGAUUUUGUCUGUGAAUGGGGAGGACAUCCGAGCUGCAUCCCAGGACUACGCCAGCGCACUACUGCAGAGCUGUAGUGGUUCUGUGUUUUUGGAGGUGGCGCGCUUUAAAGCUUCAUCAUAUGGAGAUCAGGUGGGCGAAGUGGACGUCCCUCUUCUCUCUUCUCUCAGCACACGUGACUCUUUGGAUGGGAACGUUGACAUCAGAACUGUCACCGUUCAGAAGCAUGAGUGUGAAUCUGUGGAGUUGAGUUUGAGAGAAACACUGGGAGAUCCAAUGAUUUACAUCUCCAACCUGGACCCUACCACACCUGCAGCACGCUCAGGACUUCUGCAGUUGGGUGCCAGAGUCAUCAGCAUUAACGGUACAUCAACAGAAAGCAUCUCAGUCACCGAGGCAAGUUCCCUCAUGAGAAAUAGCAGCGGAGCCGUCACACUGCAGGUAAUGCCAAGUGGCUGUGCAGAUGGAGCUAGCUUGCGUAAAGAUCGCUCAUCUUUAAUUCACUCAUCACCUGGACUCGCAGAAAAUUACACUACCCUCAACCACCAGAGUUCUCCCCAGUUCCAGACUAUCACUCUUGAACGUGGCUCUUCUGGGCUUGGCUUUAGUGUUGUAGGAGGAUUUGGCAGUUCCCAUGGUGACUUGCCCAUCUAUGUCAAGAACAUAUUUCCCAAGGGAGCUGCGGUGGAGGACGGGCGUCUGUGUCGCGGAGAUCAGCUGCUGACAGUAAACGGACAGAGUCUGGAGGGUGUCAAUCACUCGGAGGCUGUCGAGCUCCUUAGACAAACCAGCGGGACAGUUACUCUACAAGUACUUCCAAAAAGACUACCGACAUGCUGAUAAUGUCACUUUCGCGUGACGUGACGAUUCUUAAGACCUUAAGGAGCAAAUGCAUGAUUGAUUGUUAAACACAGAGGGAGGCAGAUUCUACAAGCUGUAUUUCUCAGAAAACAUAUCCCAAAAUGUAGUCUGGUAUUUCAGAUCAAAUGUGAAUCUAAAUAGUGUGUGAAGUGGGAGAAGCCAAUAGAGACUAGUGCUAAACCAGUGGUUCUCAACCAGGGGGCUGCAGGAUGACAUAUUGUUUAUAUAAAUUAUAUAUUAAAGGGGUCAUCAACUGCAUUGUUUUAUAAUGUUUCCUGGGGUGCACUUCUAAUUUUAGUAUGAUUUUUGGGUAACACUUUAAACUGAAUGAAAAAUGUAAUUUCUCAAUUCAUGACCCCUUUAAAUCUUUAACCCCCUUAAAAAUGUAAACUAAAAUUGUCUUUCCCCCCAGUAAAUGUUUUUAUUGAGGAACUUUUAUUGAGAAACUUUAAAUUGUGGAUAAUUUAUCCUCAUCGAAGAGGUUGAGAACCACUGGCAGUACUAAACAAUGAGUCUUUGACACGUACUACAUAUCAGUCUUUUUGUACUGUAGUGCUUCACUGCAUAGAUUUUUACCAUUGUACGUUAAUUUUCAGUUUUCAGUAUGAGUUAUAUGAAUAUAACUGGCAUUGCUUAUGGAAUAACUAGCACUGAGAGCUCACAUUAAGCAUACUUAAUUAUGUAUAAGUGUGGUUCAGUUACACAUUUAGGUUAUCAUAAAUCAUGCAAAAAAAAUGUUUAUGAAACUAUUUAAAGCAAAACUGAAGUAUUUUCUGACUGUAACUCAUUAAUGAAUUAUAAACAUAGUGUUUGUAUAUGUUGUCAGACGCAUUAAAUGUAAAUCAGCACUUCACUGUGUCCGUUAGAAUGACAAUCAACAGUUGUCUUUUUCUCCUGUAAAUUUACCUGUAUACAAAAUACAUCAUUUUAUUGCUGUAAAUAAUUGUCUAUUAAAGCCUUCAUGUUAGACUUAAAUAUUCUCCAAUUUUAACUGCUGUUAAAUAAAAUACAUGGACCUAUGUA